UCGAUCGCAAGCGUGGUGUCGCGUCCUCUCGCGCAGUCAAUGGAGUCGUUGCCUGUUUCUGGAAAUGCAAACAUUUAUGAUAAAUUAUGUCCAUUUCCGAUUAUAAUAAUUUAUAUAAGUAGUCUGUAAUUGGCUUUCCGCGAUUUUGUUUUCCGUCGGUGCGUUUCUCGAGUCUCGCGCGAUACUGUGUGCACAUUCACCGCGGCCUGGCGAUUAAUCCACUAUUUGUUUAAUAGUCACACUUGUUUAAGUUGAGUUAUUAGUCGUUAUUUAAGUGCGUAAACUCAUGUAAAGAUGGCAGAAGAGGGAGCGGUCGUGAUGCAGCAGAUCGUGGACAGGAGUUGUUGGGUGUGUUUCGCCACAGACGAGGACGACCGGACGGCGGAGUGGGUGCGUCCGUGCCGUUGUCGUGGUUCCACUAAGUGGGUUCACCAAUCGUGUCUGCAGCGCUGGGUGGACGAGAAACAACGAGGCAACAGCACAGCGCGCGUCGCCUGCCCACAAUGCAACGCGGAGUACCUCAUUGUUUUCCCAAAGCUCGGGCCGGUGGUGUACGUGCUGGAUCUGGCAGACAGGUUGAUCUCAAAGGCCUGCCCAUUCGCUGCCGCUGGUAUCAUGGUGGGGUCCAUUUACUGGACCGCCGUCACAUACGGAGCUGUUACAGUCAUGCAGGUUGUGGGUCAUAAGGAAGGUCUGGAUGUGAUGGAACGGGCUGAUCCUCUCUUCCUGUUGAUUGGACUGCCCACCAUCCCAGUUAUGCUAAUUCUGGGGAAGAUGAUUCGCUGGGAAGAUUACGUGCUCCGCCUUUGGAGGAAAUACUCCAAUAAGCUUCAGAUCCUCAACAGUAUCUUUCCAGGUAUCGGUUGUCCCGUCCCGAGAAUCCCGGCAGAGUCCAGUCCACUCGCUGAUCACGUGUCGGCCACAAGGAUCUUGUGCGGAGCCCUCGUGUUCCCCACCAUCGCCACCAUCGUGGGCAAACUGAUGUUCAGCAGCGUCAACUCCAACCUUCAGAGGACCAUUCUGGGUGGCAUUGCAUUUGUGGCUAUUAAAGGGGCGUUUAAGGUUUACUUCAAACAGCAACAGUAUCUCCGUCAAGCUCAUCGUAAAAUCCUUAAUUUUCCAGAGGUGGAAGAUGUUUGAGGUCAAUGUCAAAGAUGUGCUCGGCUUCAUGCAGCUCAAAGAGACACAACGAGCCACAUUUGAUUCUUCUUCCCUGAGAAUGUGAUAUGGGUUUCGAUAUUGAGUAUUUCUUCUGUUGAUAUAAUCUGGAUUGGGGAGUCGUGUGCUACUCAUUUUAUGAGGUUUUUAAAAAAGAGACUGAGAAGAAUAAAACUGUUUUUUUUUAUAAAAAAAUGGUUGUUUUAUAAUGGAUUAGAAUUGUCAGAGUGAAUCACUACGCUUCAAGUACAAACCUCGGAGUCUCUUUACAGACUGGCUGUAUCACAUGAUGCAAUUUUGCUGAAUGUCUUCUAAAAGUUAGUCUGGUAAAUGCAUUAUGCUGUAAUAUUGAUGCAAACACGUAUAGGUAAAUCAGUUAUUUGCUCAUAAGAAUCAUAUAAAAUGUCCUUUUUUUAUGUGGUUGUUCUUGGAUAAUUUAAGAAAUGUCUACUUAAUCCCAAAUUUAAGAAGGAAAUGUCUGCUCAUUCCCAAACUCUAACAAUAAGAUUUGCAAUAAAUAGGAAGCUUUUUUUAAAGGACCAUUAGUUUUUUUUUUUGACGUUGUAACAACUAGACAGUGGACACAUAUUUAAAAAGUAAAUUUAACACACGCCAGCAUGAUGUAUACUUAAAUUAAAUCGUACGGUGUAAUUGUAAGUAAUUAUGUUGUUUUGUGAAUCGGUUGUGCUUAUGUUACGUAUCAGAAAAAACUGUAAUGGUCUUAAAAAUAAGCUUAAUUUUAUUCAACAUAUAAUAUAAAUUGAAAAAAGAACCAGACAUUUUUUUUUGGGUGUUUGGCCUCGAACUUCUGAUGUCUGGGAGUUUGCUUUCAUGUUUUUUAUUUCAUUUUUGUAUUAUUGAUGUCUUGACUUGGCAAUCAAUUUGAUCAUUUAGAAACAACUGAAUGGUUUGGAGUCAGUCUGCAUUUGUUGUCGUUGACACAUGGAAAACAUAAAGCAGUCAAAAAGCCACCAUUAGUGUUCUGUGAAAGAUUUUGCUAUGGUUUGCUGGACUUGGAGUCACUUUAUUUGAAAAACAUGUGUUGGCACAUGAUGCCUCACAACGGUUGCUAUCAGUCCUACUUUAUAUUCUCAGAAAACAGUAUUAGUGGCCUUUUUAUGACACCAGUACAAUGUCUUUUUUAAGGAUGGACGUGUAUUUGGGAGAAUAUGCCAAAUGUUUGGAUUGAAGUCUAUAUAAUUUUAUUUCUAGUUCUUCUGCGGCUUUGAUGAAUCUGACGAUAAUAAAGUAUACAAAUGCAUACUAUACAUAGGUACACAUUUACAGCGAGUUUGCGCGUUGAUCUUUCAAUGUUUGUGAGGGGUCAAUAACUGAAAUACCCAGUUAUCUACUGAAGUACAUUUAUUUGUUAAUAGAAGUAAAUCACUUCAUUGAAGAUUGAUAAUUAUUUAAAGGUGUUGCUGAACUCUUGUGUACUUCUGAUAGCAGAUAGGUGAUGCUGUUUCAUUAAAUGUGAUUUUAAACUCUUCAUUUUCUACUUGAGAUAAAGUGUGUUUAGGUUUCUUGAGUUCUCACCUGUGUCUGGUUGUACAGAUGAAGCGUAAUGCCAAAUACAGAUCAUAUAUGUUGUAUAAACGGAUGCGUUGUACAGAUACAGAUUCUGAAUUUAUAGUUUCCUGGUUGAUUUAUGUAAAUAAAUGUAUUUUUCCAAUGC